AUGGAGGCGGAAAGCCUGAUGGUGCUGUACGCGGACGACUCGGUGGAGGUGCACUACGCGGGGGGGUCCCGCUUGCUGCUGUCUCCUUGCGGCUGCGAGUACCUCUACGAAGCGGCGCUCCCCGCCGCUGCCCACCCCCUCCAGCCGGCGGAGACCACCCGCCAGCGGGUCGCCUUCGUCGUCAGUGCCUACAGGGAACAACUUCUACGAGCUCUAGAUUUCCGGAACAAGUUUUCUUCUCGCCCGUACUUACCUUCACGCGUUAUACCUCCAGAAAGAAAAAAGAUUCUUUUCAGUGAUAUCUUAGAAAUUAGAUGGCCUGACCCUGCUGUGGCUGAUCUGACAAGAUGUAUAGACAAUGGCAGUGUGAAGAUCUCGUCAGUAGAUGGUUAUGCUCACCUUUACCUGUCAGAAUUGCAGCAAGAAUUUACAGUGGAGUUCUUACGCAAAGUCAGCCAGUCAUCUGCAGCAUCCUUACACUCCUCUCAAAAGAACAGCAACUAUCAAACUGGAGAUCAGUAUGAAAAAUCAAGUAAAAAUUCUGUUGCAGAAAUGUCAUUGAAACAAAUGAGAAUAGAGAAUAAGAAGAAUGAACAUGGUUGUGCGGAAGGUAAAUACAGAGAACCAACCAAAGCAAAGGAACAAAAAGACAGAGAUGGAGGCCCUUUGUUCUACACAAAUUGUUCUUCUGAAUACACAUGGGUUACACAGCGUUGGUCUGUUUCCUCCUACCCAGAAGAAUGGAAAUACCCUUUGUCGUUGGCACUAAUGUGCUAUAACUUAGAUACUGUUAAGAAUGUAAUGAAGACAUGUGAGAAAAACAGCCAUACAUCUAUAGAAGCUGAUGUUUUAAUAGACCCCAAAACACAUGUAACAGUUUCUCAUUUACCUACAGCUUUGCCACUCAGCUGCAGAGCCCCACAUUUACACAGGUGGACUUUCUGUGACUUCUUUCAGAAUCAAGAUACUGAAAAGUAUUCAUGCCCUCAGCUAAUUCAAAUUUUAUGGUGCCACGGUGUUUUUUAUAGAUUUAUCCAUGGUAGGACAAACAUCACAGAAAUUUAUCCUGGUGACAACUCAUUUUUCAAGUCAGAGGGAGCAUUUUUGGGAAACUAUUUCGUACAUUAUGCAAUCCAAAAAGGAACAAAAAAGAGAGAAGAAAAGAUGUAUUCGGUGAACAGCCUACCUCCUGACGUACCAGGAAAUCCAUACUCUAUAUCCUCCAUUAUUACUCAGGCCACCAAAAUACUUCAGUACUGCUACAAGACUAAACUAUCGUUAACUCAUAACUAUUAUCUUUGCUGCUGGAAAAUGGUACCUGAGACAGAUGGACGAGAAAUGUUGCCAGUUUCGCUGUAUGAAAAGGUUAUUCCCAGCAUAGGAAGACUCGUUGUGUACUCGGAUCAUAAAGUCCAUGCUGCUUUUUGGGAUGGGAUGACCUUGAAUAUGGUCUGGGAUUUCAGCUCUUCCUGUAGUAAGAUCCAGGUAAAUGAAGGUGUAGGGUGGUGUAAGUUAACUACUCCUGAUGGGGUACAGCAGCUAAUACAAAUAAGUCAUCCUGGAAUCUAUGAAAGGUACAUCAGAACAGCAAUAGAAUGGUGCCAAAGUUUGAAUGAAAGGAAGGAGAUUCCUGAAUAUACUGCACACUCUGUAACUGAAGAAAAUUGGUCUGCUGAUGCUGAGCUCGAAAAAAUACAGAGAUUUAACUUUUUAUUGGAUAAUAACAGUGUUCUGGAAGGGACAUGUGCUGCAAAAAACAAUCCAUCUGGUAUUACUGUCAGAAAAACAGAAAAUGAGAGUGAGCCGGAAGAAAUCAGUGAAGGGUGCAUCUUGGAGGCUUUGGAAAAAACUUCUAAAGUAAUUCAGGAUAUUGAAUCUCUGCUUGCAGCCUCUGGGAAGCGAAGCCUCAUAGCAUGCGAAGACCUGUGUUCCCUGUCUUCAUAGGAGCUCUCCCAGCUGUCUGAGGAGGCUUUGAGGUUCAAGAGCAAUGAAGGAUGAAGGCAGGGUGAUAAGUUGCCAUAGUAAUACCACAGGAGACCGGCAAAGUCUAUCAGUUGCCAUUAUAAUACCGCAGUUGUAUAUUGGGGAUAGGCAAAAAGAACAGGUGAAAUAACAGAGAACGGCUGUAUAAAUACAUCAGGGCUGACCUGACAGUGCUGCUUUUAAAUGUGUGAAUGUCUGUUUGAAUCGUUUGAUUUUAUAGAGGAUUGUGCAAGCAACUUAAUUAACUGCUCAAGUGACUAGGGUAGGGAUAAGCACUAUUAACUGUAAAAAUGUGCUUUUAUUCAGAAGCUUACACCAAGUAGUCCAAUA